GGCGCCAAUCUGAGUAGACGCAUUUCUCUUUCCUUUUCGCACUGGAGACGGAGGACUCGACGGCGAAAUGAACGGCGACAGCCGGAAGCGGGACCGACGGGACCUCCGGAGCUUCAAGAGGCAGAAGAAGCUUCUCCGCAGCGCCGAGGAGGAGCUCGAGUCCAAGCUAGGUUUCGAUCUCUUCUCUGAAGGAGAGAAGAAGCUCGGUUGGCUACUUACUUUCGCUCCCUCUUCCUGGGAGGAUCCGGAGACGUCCAAAGUCUAUAGCUGUAUCGAUCUUUAUUUCGUUACUCAGGAUGGUACAAGUUUCAAGUCGAAGUACAAGUUUCGUCCUUACUUCUAUGCUGCUACGAAGGACAAAAUGGAAAUGGAUGUGGAGGCCUAUUUAAGACGGAAAUAUGAAAGCCAAGUUGCUGACAUUGAGAUCAUGGAGAAAGAGGAUCUCAAUCUAAAAAACCACUUGUCUGGGCUGCAGAAAUCUUAUCUAAAAAUAUCAUUUGAUUCUGUGCAACAAUUGAUGAAUGUGAAGAAUGACCUUUUACAUGUUGUGGAGAGAAACCGGGCAAAAAUGGAUGCUGCAGAAGCAUAUGAGUCUAUAUUAAUGGUGAAAAGAGAUCAAAAGCCCCAAGAUUUUCUUGAUUAUAUUGUUGACCUCCGUGAGUUUGAUGUUCCAUACCAUGUACGCUUUGCCAUUGACAACGAUGUACGGUGUGGUCAGUGGUAUGAUGUUAGUGUAUCCAGUACUGGUGUCAUGCUCGAAAAGAGAAUUGAUCUACUACAGCGUGCUGAAGUUCGUGUCUGUGCAUUUGAUAUCGAAACUACGAAACUUCCUUUGAAAUUUCCUGAUGCUGAAUAUGAUCUUAUAAUGAUGAUAUCAUACAUGAUUGAUGGCAAAGGUUACCUGAUUAUCAAUAGAGAGUGUGUUGGUGAAGAUAUAGAAAAUCUAGAAUAUACCCCAAAGCCAGAAUUUGAAGGACACUUUGAAGUGAUGAAUCUGAAAAAUGAGUUAGAACUUCUAAAACGAUGGUUUGGCCAUAUGCAAGAGCUCAAGCCUGGUAUCUAUGUCACAUACAACGGAGAUUUUUUUGACUGGCCAUUCCUGGAAAGAAGAGCUGCUUACCACGGGUUGAAAAUGAGUGAUGAAGUGGGAUUUCAAUGCGACAACAAUCAAGGGGAAUGCCGCUCUAAGUUUGCUUGUCAUUUAGAUUGUUUUGCUUGGGUCAAACGUGACAGUUAUCUUCCCCAAGGGAGCCAAGGCUUGAAGGCUGUGACAAAGGCCAAAUUGGGUUAUGAUCCACUUGAAGUAAAUCCAGAAGACAUGGUUCGCUUUGCAAAGGAGAAACCUCAGAUGAUGGCCUCUUAUUCUGUUUCUGAUGCCGUUGCAACUUACUACUUGUAUAUGACCUAUGUUCAUCCAUUCAUCUUUUCUCUGGCAACAAUAAUUCCCAUGUCGCCGGAUGAGGUUCUACGUAAAGGUAGCGGAACCCUCUGUGAAAUGCUUCUCAUGGUCCAGGCAUAUAAAGCAAAUGUCAUUUGCCCUAACAAGCACCAAUCAGAUUCAGAGAAGUUCUACAAUAAUCACCUUCUUGAGAGCGAGACUUAUAUAGGAGGUCAUGUGGAAUGCCUUGAGAGUGGAGUUUUCAGAUCUGACCUUCCGACUCAGUUUAAGCUUGAUCCAUCUGCUUAUCAGCAACUGAUUGAUAACCUUGAUCGCGAUCUGCAAUAUGCAAUAAGAGUAGAGGGUAAAAUGGAUUUGGAAACAGUCUCCAAUUAUGAUGAGGUGAAGAAUACUAUAAGGGAAAAGCUUGCAAGUUUGCGGGAUGAUCCUAUACGUGAAGAAUGUCCCCUUAUAUAUCAUCUGGAUGUGGCUGCUAUGUAUCCAAACAUUAUAUUAACAAACAGACUUCAGCCACCAUCAAUAGUUACAGAUGAAGUCUGUACUGCAUGUGAUUUCAAUCGUCCGGGCAAAACUUGUCUCCGGAAGCUGGAAUGGGUAUGGCGUGGAGAAAUUUUCAUGGCAAAAAGAAGCGACUAUUACCAUUUGAAGAAGCAGAUUGAAUCUGAGUUUGUUGACACUGGGGAUGGACAACUAUCAAAAUCAUUUCUCGACUUACCUAAGAAAGAGCAGCAGUCCAAGCUCAAAGAGCGGCUUAAAAAAUAUUGCCAAAAGGCAUAUAAAAGGGUGCUUGACAAGCCUGUCACUGAGCUUCGAGAAGCAGGGAUAUGUAUGCGUGAAAACCCAUUUUAUGUUGACACAGUUCGCAGUUUUCGCGAUAGAAGAUACGAAUAUAAAGGACUUAAUAAGGUCUGGAAGGGGAAGCAGUCGGAAGCCAAGGCCAGUGGAAAUUCUAUUAAAAUACAGGAAGCACAAGACAUGGUAGUGCUGUAUGAUUCAUUACAACUUGCUCACAAAUGUAUUCUUAAUUCAUUUUAUGGAUAUGUCAUGAGAAAGGGAGCAAGAUGGUACUCUAUGGAAAUGGCUGGAGUAGUCACAUAUACUGGAGCAAAAAUCAUUCAGAAUGCUCGCUUGCUGGUAGAUAAAAUUGGGAAACCACUUGAACUAGAUACAGAUGGUAUCUGGUGUGCACUUCCCGGAUCUUUUCCAGAAAAUUUUACUUUCAAGACAAAAGACUCAAAAAAGAAGCUGAUGAUUUCUUAUCCAUGUGUUAUGCUUAAUGCUGAUGUGGCAAGAAAUAAUACAAAUGACCAAUACCAGACCCUAAUUGAUCCCAUCAACAAAACAUAUGCAACUCACAGUGAGUGCUCAAUCGAAUUUGAAGUGGAUGGACCAUACAAGGCCAUGAUUCUUCCUGCUUCUAAGGAAGAGGGGAUCUUAAUUAAAAAACGUUAUGCCGUCUUUAACGAUGACGGUACUCUUGCGGAGCUUAAAGGUUUUGAGAUCAAGAGAAGAGGUGAACUAAAGCUUAUCAAAGUUUUUCAGGCUGAACUUUUUGACAAGUUUCUCCAUGGUACAACCUUAGAAGAAUGCUAUUCAUCUGUUGCUGCUGUCGCAGAUCGCUGGCUUGACCUUCUUGAUAAUCAAGGGGAAGAUAUUGCAGACAGCGAGUUGCUAGAUUACAUAUCAGAGUCAAGCACCAUGAGCAAAUCCUUGGUAGACUAUGGUGAGCAGAAGUCCUGUGCUGUGACUACUGCAAGACGCCUGGCUGACUUUCUUGGUGAAGCUAUGGUAAAAGAUAAGGGGCUGCGAUGCCAGUAUAUAGUUGCAUGUGAGCCACGGGGAACACCCGUUAGUGAGCGUGCUGUUCCAGUUGCAAUAUUCGAGACAGAUGAAAAUAUAAUGAAGUACUACAUAAAGAAAUGGUGCAAAACCUCAUCAGCUGCUGAUAUUCGGUCCAUUAUAGACUGGUCUUAUUAUAAGCAACGUCUUAGUUCAGCAAUACAAAAAAUUGUCACUAUUCCUGCUGCAAUGCAAAAGGUUGCCAAUCCUGUUCCUAGGGUAGUUCAUCCUGAUUGGUUACACAAGAAGGUCCGUGAGAAGGAGGACAAAUUUCAGCAGCGGAAAUUAUCUGAUAUUUUCAAAACCCUAAACAAGGAUGGCAUAUUAAAGACCAAUGAUGGCACUGUUGCCAGCACCUGCUUGAAUGAAAAGAGUGUGCAAGAUAUAGAAGACUUUCAUAAUAGAAAGGGAAGUUCCACUGACAGGCCUAGGCCAAUUGUUCGUCAUUAUGAAGGGAAUACUGAACGACAUUCGGACAACGGAAUUCACCAAAUCAAUGGUCAUCAGAAGGAAAUUAGCAAGGAAAGUGAACAUCAGGAUCCAUCAUCAAUGCAGCAACAGGCUAUGCCUGUGCAAGAUAUAGACAGAAAUCUUGAUUACCAAGGGUGGCUUGAAUUGAAAAAGAGGAAGUGGAAAGAAACUCUGGAAAGGAAAAAGAGACAAAGGUUAGGAAAUUCAAAGAAUUCUCAUCUCACUAAUGGGCCUUUUAAACUGGUGGAUGAUGGGAUGGGCAAUAAAGCCAAAGGAAAAUCAGGAGUGACUUCAUAUUUCAAAAGGCGUGAUGUAGCCCUAACACGCAGUUACUGGCAGAUCUUACAACUGAUAAAUUCGAAGAAUGGCCAAUUUUUGGCUUGGGUGGUAGUUGAUGGGAUUAUGCUUAAGAUCCCUAUACAUGUGCCUAGAGUAUUUUAUCUCAACUCCAAAGGAUCAAUAACGGAAGAAUUUCCAGGAAGGCGGGUCAAUAAGACUCUUCCUCAUGGAAGGCAGAAUCAUAACUUGAUAGAGGUUAUAAUUGAUGAAGUUCAAUUUAUAGCAGAAAGCAAAAAACUCGCAGCACUUUUAGCCGAUCCAGAAAUCGAGGGACUCUAUGAAACAAAGGUGCCAUUAGGGUUCAGCACUAUCCUUCAGAUCGGCUGCGUAUGUAAAGUUGAUAAAACAGCCAAGAAGAGAAAUGCCCAGGAUAGUUGGAGUCUAAGCGAAUUACACAUGAAGACUACGGCAGAGUGCUCGUAUCUAGAACAGUCUGUUUCAUUCUUUUAUCUAUAUCACAGCAUGUGCGAGGGACGAGCUAUAUAUGCUGGUUAUUUUCCUGCACUGAGAACGAUACAUGUUGUGGUGGUGAAUCCUUUCCAAAAUAGAGAUUUAACUGCAUCCUUUCUCGAUAAACAAUUCCGUGAUGCUUGUCAAGCUUUGGAUAUUGAAUCACCUUUAUUGCAGAAUGGUGCUACAUUUAAGGUGGAUUAUGUAGGACAUGUCAAGGAUGCUGAAAAGAUCUUGCUACGAUCGAUAAAUGAGCACAGGCAUGAUGAUCAUGGGCCUACCAUCGCUGUAACUGAAAGCCCAGAAAUGCAUUUGCUGAGGUCCUCAAUCCAAGCUCUAGAUGAUUUCCCAUGUGUGAGCAUCCCCUCGAAUGCUCGGGACAGCCAGUAUCCGGCUGUUGGUUGGCAACAAGUAGCUGCGAGAAUUGGCAUGCAACGUUGUGCUGCAUCAUCCCGAUGGUUGAAUGAAAGGAUAUCUCUUGCAAGAUAUGCACAUGUGCCGGUGGGGAACUUUGAACUUGACUGGCUUAUGUUUACGGCGGAUAUUUUCUUUUCAAGAGCAUUACGUGAUCAGCAGCAGGUGCUCUGGAUAUCUGAGAAUGGUGUUCCAGAUCUUGGAGGCACUAACGAUGAAGAUACAUGUUUUGCUGAUGAGGUUCAUCAACCAGUUCUUAUCUAUCCUGGAGCAUAUCGAAAAGUUUCAGUGGAGCUAAAGAUUCAUCACCUAGCUGUGAAUGCCCUUCUGAAAAGCAACCAAGUGAAUGAAAUCGAAGGAGGCGCUUUGCUAAGUUUUGAUGAAGAUGCGGGUUCAGGGUUAAAUGCUUCCGAUAAGAAAUAUGCAUAUGAUGAUACGACUUCUUGUGCUUCUGCCUUCCGUGUCCUGAAACAGUUGAUUCAGAGAUGCCUUGCUGAUGCAGUCACAUCCGGAAAUAUCUAUGCUGAUGCUCUACUGCAGCAUCUGUAUAGAUGGCUUUGCAGUCCAAAAUCGAAACUUCAUGACCCAGCUCUUCAUCGCAUGCUUCACAAGGUCAUGCAAAAGGUAUUCGCACUGUUGUUGGCCGAGCUUCGGAAGCUCGGUGCAUCAAUAAUAUUUGCUAACUUCUCAAAGGUUAUCAUAGACACAGGAAAGUAUGAUAUAUCAGCAGCCAGAGCUUAUAGUGAUAGCUUGGUGAAAACCUUGCAAAAUAGGGACUUAUUUGAGUGGAUUGAGCUUGAACCAGUGCAGUUCUGGCACUCAUUGCUUUACAUGGAUCAGUAUAAUUACGGUGGAAUCCCUGUUGAAGCUGAUGAAAUCAUUUCAAGCUGGAGCAUCGCCGAGCACUUGCCGCACGCAAUUCAGAAUCAUUUCAUCACCAUCGUGUCCGAGUUCAUUCAAAUUCCCUGGGCCUACGUGCAAAAGGAAGCGGCAAACAGAUCGUCUUCGACCGACGGUGAUUUCUGUACCCCAUCAAUCACUAUUUCAGCAGCUGAAAUGUUUGAAUCAUGCGUGGUGGCAUAUCUCAGGGAGAAGAUCGGCUCGCACUUCUCAGACAAACUCUUGAAAGUCAUCCGAGAUAUGGUUAUACACAUGAAAGGCAUCAACAGGUCCGAGGAUAAUGAUCACAGAUCACCGGAAUCAUCCCAACCUUUAAGUGGUGCAGAAGGAGAUUUUACUUUGGAGUUCAUAAAACAUGUCUGUGCAGUUCUGGCCCUUGACCAAACUGUUCAGCAUGAUGUUCUGGUGAUGAGAAAGAACUUGUUGAGAUAUGUCCGUGUAAAGGAAUUCGCUCCGGAGGCUGAAUUUCGGGGUGCCUGCCAAUCCUUCACCUUACCGAAUGUAAUAUGCAGCUACUGCAAUGACUGCAGAGACCUGGACCUGUCCCGGGACUCGUCCCUCUUGGUUCCAAACCAAGAGUGGCAUUGCAGAAUCCCACGCUGUGGGCAACCCUAUGAUAGGCAAGUGAUGGAGAACGCUCUCCUCCAGAUUGUGAGGCAGCGGGAGCGGCUCUACCAUAUGCAGGACCUCAUCUGCCUCCGGUGCAACCAGGUGAAGGCUGCACACCUGUCGGAGCAAUGCAACUGCGCCGGCUCAUACAGGUGCAGGGAGGAUGAGUCCGAGUUCCGAAGCAAGAUGCAGAUCUUCCUUAAGGUAGCUGACAACCAGAAGUUUCAGCUUCUAAAGGAAUGUACCUCGUGGAUCUUACAAGUCAGAUGACAUUCCUCAUACUGCGAUUCCUGGAAGUUCCGGAGAGGAUGAUGGUUUGUUUCAAACAGAAUCAGUCGAUUAUCUAAACCUUGUUAGGAGGUAUUGAAGUCAAGAGCUUUAUCUUGUGCCGGAGAAGCAGUACGGGCCAGUGAUUACCAAGCCGGGGAAAGUAUACAAUAAUGCAAGGAUGGUGUGUCGGUCAGUUCAUCAGUCUUAGGCUUCUGAGAUUUGGAUGGUCCAAUUCUUAAUCCUCAUAGUCUUCACAAGCUGUAGAUCCAAAUUGUAAAUAAUUAUAGUACCUGAUUGCUUAUGAUAUAUAAUUAUUCAUCGCGCUUCUAAUUCAUUAUUCAAUUAUCAUA